CCAGGGGGAGGUUUUGUACAUCCAAAGUUUUGUGGAGUCGGUUGGAUGGUCUGCCAUGGACUCAAUGAUUUUCUCAGUGUUUUCACCACCAGCUGCCCUGGAGACCCAGACCUUCAAGAUGGACGUCUCCUAUGAGAAUGCUGGAACCGACCGCAAAUCAUUGCUCCUCGCUAACACAGGUGCAGUGGUGACAGAGGGUGACAGUGUUGUCAUCGACAAGUCCAAGCUGGAUGCGUCUAACCUAAUGUUCAAGCUGCCCACGCCCCAGCGCAGCUCUCAUGAGGUUUGGUUCCAGGUCAAGUCUCUACCCCAGCAUGGCGUUAUCGUGGUGGGAGAGAGGAACCUCAGUGUGGAGAAACCGAACUUCUCCCAGUACAUCCUCAACAGGUAUGGCAUCACAUACCACCACGACGACUCUGAGACGCGCCAUGACAGCUUUGUCUUCGACACCUGGCUGAACCCCAAGGGAAAGCCGGCCCAGCGCCCUCUAGACGUCAGCCAGCUGCUGGAAGAGUGGUUCAACAUCACAGUGGUCCCGAUCAACGAGCAGCCACCCGUCCUGAAGACCAAAACCCCCAACCUGAGUGUGGUACCGGGGGACAUAGUGGCCCUGGGCCUGCAGAACCUCAAUGUGGAAGAUCUGGACAACCCUUCAGAGGACAUCCAGUACACUGUCGUCAGCAAGCCAAACAACGGCUAUUUGGCCCUGGGAGGAAGCCUGAAUGAGUCUGUGGUGUCUUUCACUCAGGCUCAGAUCAACAGUGGGAAGGUGUACUUUGUCCAUGAUGGAAGCCGGGCGUCGGUGGUCUUCUAUUUCAGUAUCUCGGACGGCCACCACGAGCCGGUGUACAAGCUAUUCAACCUGGAGUUGACAGAGAUCACCAUCUCCCUGGUUAAUAACACAGGGCUGGCUCUGAAGCAGGGUCAGACCUGUGUAGCGUUAACCCAGGGGAGUCUGGCUGCAGAGACUAACGGGAAAACCACAACGGUUCACUACCGAAUCACCAAGCUGCCGCGGUACGGCAAGAUCCUUUGGCUGGACAACCAGGAUUUGAGGCAGUUUGAGCAGGAGGACUUAAGGACUGGUCACUUGUUUUAUCACAUGACGAGCGUCACAUCUGGUCAGGACAGCUUUGAGUUCACUGUAUUUACGUCGGAAGCUAACCUGACGAAUCAGGUUGUCAACAUCACAGUUAAGCCCCUGGUGAGGUUUGGCAAGGGGGUGAGAAUACCCAAUGGCAUUGUGGUCAAACUCAACACUGGUUUUCUCAAUGCAACUGAGCUGGCUUCUCUAACAGGCAGCGACCCCAUCUUCGAGGUCGUGUCCCAGCCAAAGUACGGCAAGCUGGCCCGAGGAAAAGCCAAAGCUGGUAUGAAAACGGAACCGGUGGAGUCUUUCUCCUUUCAGGAUGUGAAGCAGGAGAGGUUAUCCAUCGAGCUCAAUGCUAACAUGACUGAAGUGCAGGAGCUGAACGACUCGUUGGUUUUUGUCGUGAAAGCGGAAAACGUCCCACCUGCCAAGGGAGAGUUCCGCUUCACUGUCGUUCCAUACGAUCCAUCGCUAGUCAAAAGAACAGAGAGUCCCAUCCUGACCACCAGCAGUCUUUUCUCUCAGUCUCUGAACCAAACGAACCAAACGACAGUGUUUGGUGUUGGGACAGCACUACCCUCCCUGUCCACCUCCUUCUUCUCCACACAGAGACCCAGCAAGACCGACCAGAAGUUCAAAGGUCGUAAUCACUGGGGAAACACCAACCGCAAUGACUCGACAGGUACAACUUUGGGCAAACCCACCAUGGGUAGAGGAGAAGACCUUUCUGGGAUCCCCUUUAUGAUGACACCGGUCCGAGUAGAGUCAUACCCACAGAGGACUUCCAACCCCCUAUUGGUGAUCCUACCUCUCCUGGUCCUGCUCCUAUUGCUCAUCAUUCUGGUGGUGCUGUUUCUACUGCUGAGACGCAACAGGAAGAGGAAGCAGAAACCUCUGAACCUGAAACCGCUGCCCUCGCCCUCAACCCCACUGGCCUGUCACGACCAGCCACAGAGGAGCGCGGCCGUUCCCAUGGUAACAGUGACUCCGCUGAGCCCAAGCGGCCCUGGAAGUCCUGCCUUGGACAGGCCGCUUCCUUUCGCCAAUCAGGGCUCAGUUAGCAACUCUGCAUCACCGCCGAACUGCUCAUUGAAAGCUGUAAAUCCAGAGAGUUCAGACCAGCUCAUUAGGACCACACUCCCCACUCUACAGCAGAACCAGUACUGGGUAUGACCCUGUAGCUGCUGCCACCUAGGGGAGGGAUGGGGAAGUGGACUGUCUACCCUACUAAUAUCCAUUCCUAACACCCUCACCAACCCCACUCAUCGUUAAACUGUAAACCAUGACACUAGGCUAUUAGUUGUAUCUUACGUAAUCAAAACCUUUUCUACUUAGGCUGGUAGAGCACAAUCACUACAGGAAAUUAGAACUGACAGCCACUUUAAAACACAAUCAGUUACUUGUAAGCCUAUGACUGAGCAGGUAGUGACCACUAGUCCACCUCACCUCAACAACCUCUGAAACAGUUCUGGCUGGCUGGAAACAUCAUUCACGUUCUGUACUACUAUUGCAGAAGUUAUCCCUCAAACCGUGACCCAGUGUGGGGAAUGGCCAGUAUUCAAACAAACCACAAUGUGCUGACGUCGCACUGCACAGCUCGGGUAUAAAUUACCUUUAAGAAAGUGAAGUGCAGUGUGAUGUGAUGUGGGUGCAAUGCGGAUCACGGCCUUAUACAAUACUGUAUAACUAACAUGUUCAUAUUUGAUGUUUGCUAGCAUGAUUACAUGAUGUUACCCCCCCC